AUGUUCGCAACGAAACGGGCAGCGACGAGACUGAAGAGGUAAGCAAUUGGGAGUUUGUGAUGUGGAGGUUAUCCACGGUAGAUUUCGGGAAAAUUCAAUGAGUUUAAAUUGUAACGUCUUUGCUUUUUCAGCGAUUCAUCUCUCAAAUGCGAGCUCUGCGCCGUCAGAUGCAUGUACAACGUGGAUUGGAGCGAAGGAGCCAGCCCCGACUUCAACAAGACCCGAUGCGCCGUGGAGUUUUCUGUAAAUGGGUAAGGCUUUGGGUUUAAGAUUGAAGUUGGGAAAUUGUAUUAUUGAUGGCAUUUUGAUAGGUAAUGUAAGGAACCGUGACAUUUUUUACAUCCGAUGUCAAGUGUAAUAUAAUUUUUGGCCUUAAUUAGUUUCAAAAUGCAAAUAUGAAGUGAGGAAGAAGCCUAAAUGCCCUUUUAUGGUUUUUAUGUCUAGGCUGGGAUAUUGAUUAUAUUACACAUGACAGCUUUCUAUCUGAUGUCAAGUAUAAUAUAAUUUUUUCCCCGAAUUCGCUCCAAAACGCUUUCAUAAAGCAAAUCAAAGUAAAAUGAAGUGUCUAUCAGUUUUUAAGGCAAGAUUUGGCGAUUAAUUAUAUUAAGGAUGUAAUUUUUAUGUUAGCCAUCGAGUGCAAUAUAAUUUUCAUCGUUUUUGAGUUCACAAUAUAACUCACUGUACUUUCAGUGAGUAGUACAGUGAUCUAGGGCUAGAAAUCCGUUUAAUUUGGAUUCGAAAGAUGUAGCUCGCUACAUUCGUCGUCAUGACGGAUUUUAUUAUAGUAUCCGACGCGUAGGAGUCGUUUCUUUGUGAAGUUUUAAUCUGUAGUGUAAUAUUCGAUCCUUUUGAGGGGGAAGUGGUAAUAAAAGGCACCUUUUACUCCAAGAAGCAAGUGAUUUAGUGGUAUUGUACUUGUUUGCGAAAGACUUUGGGGAAUUUUAUAUUGUUGAUAAGAUAUAAGUCCGUUCGUAAAGUCGCUGGAAUGACGACGUGAACAUUCAAGAAUCCCGGGAUUCUUGACUAUUGAUGUAAAUGACUUUGACUGGGUCCCCUGUUACAACAGUCAGGAUUUCUGCGAUUCUUGACUGUUGUUAGGACGCCCAGGGGUAGCUCAAUUUAAACGUUGGAAACACCAAAAAAUAGCAGAUUUGAAAACCUUAUUUUAGACAUCUUUUGCUGCUAAAUCCUUCCGUAACGAAGCAAUUGCCUAAAUUCGGUUUUCUAUGAGCAUGAUUAGUGUAGUUUUAGAGACAAAUCAGCAAUUCUAUACUAGCUUACUCACUCAAAAUUCCAAAAAAAGGAUAAACUACUGACAUCCGCACUAUUUUGGAAGCUGUUGUGAGAACCUUGUUUUAGGUGAUAGUGACCAUUUUUGAAAUCGGCGCAGCAAUUGGCAAUGUUUUAAUCGCAGGUUCCUGUGAUUUUGUGCAUUACCCACUGCACAGUCAGCUAAAACAUUAGAGCUCCUUAAAAAACCGAAUGCCAAAAAUCUUGGCAUUCUGUUUGUCGCGGUGCGCACGGUGCACAAACGCCCCGAUUUUUUGCACCGUGCAUUGACCUUUUUUUGGUUUUGCACUGUGCAUUUGAAAUAUCGCUGCGACGUAAGCUUUUCUCAACUGCGCUGCUGCGAUUUCGCUCGAAAAUGUGCACAGUGCAAUCGGCUUUUUCGAGGUUUGCACGGUGCGCGAAGACAAAAAUCCACAGUGCGUUGGCGACGAAAGUUCAAGGUGCACUGUGCGAAUGCGAAAACAUGUCCCGGCACUUUGUGAAAAUGCUGAUACGCUUUACAAGGGAAUGGUCCCAACGAUCCGUGGGAUCCACAAAUGAAACCUAGAUAUUCUGAAAGAGCAGGUAAAAUUUAGUAGGAAUCCGUUUUUUCUACUUGCCGAAUAAGUCUGUGCGACGAGAAAUAUCGUCGAAAAGAUCCGACCAAAAAAUCGAAAGAGAGAAAAGACGAACCAAAAGGCCUUCGAAGACGUUACCAAAUAGUCUAGUGGAAAAAGUUCCACGCACAAAUCUUUUGGGGGAGGGAGGCCUUGGAGGUUCGAGUCCACCCGGAGCCGGACAUCUCCGGAUUUGAACCCUACGUGUUCAUUACUGUUCUACAGUUAUACAAAAAAAAAUUUUUUUGUUUAACCUGUUUUACAAGGUUUGUUGCAAAAUUUUAAGAAAAGUUGACAUUUCGGCAAUAUCUUUGAUAAGCCCGAUGUCGACAUAGUGGUCAAGACACUUCUACUCGAUUCUGGAAGGUUGUAUAGGAUCUUGCAGAUCUUUUUCGGUUUGCCAUAAAGGAUGUUGCCAAAAUCUCACCUUUUCAUAAAAUUUUGCAAGAAAAGUUGAAAAGAGAAUUUUUGGGUCCUUGCAUCAGCGUGUAGUAGACCCCGUGAAUAUUUACGAAAAAAUCUAUUUUGAGUUUUUUCGUUUAAAAUGGCCGUGGACAUGUGUUUAACAAAUGCCCAAAUUAUUUUUGUCAAAUUCUGCCCGGAAGGUAUAAAUUUGCAUAAAUUUGUCUUCUUUGGAACUUCGGACCUGGCGGCAUCAUAAAAAGAGGUAAUGACCAGUGAUUGCCACGCCUUCGGAUGCAAAAAACCUUGUAAAACAGGUUAAACAAAAAAAAUUUUUUUUUGUAUAACUGUAGAAUACAAUAAUGAACACGUAGGGUUCAAAUCCGGAGAUGUCCGGCUCCGGGUGGACUCGAACCUCCAAGGCCUCCCUCCCCCAAAAGAUUUGUGCGUGGAACUUUUUCCACUAGACUAUUUGGUGACGCCUUCCAAGGCCUUUCGGUUCGUCUUUUCUCUCUUUCGAUUUUUUGGUCGGAUCUUUUCGACGAUAUUUCUCGUCGCACAGACUUAUUCGGCAAGUAGAAAAAACGGAUUCCUACUAAAUUUUACCUGCUCUUUCAGAAUAUCUAGGUUUUAUUUGCGGAUCCCACGGAUCGUUGGGACCAUAACUGACCACCUUUGUCAAGGGGUUUAGAGAUAUUUUUAUAGUGUUGUCACUGGUGUUUUUACGUGUUAAUUUUUUAUUUUUCAGAGAUCCUGUCUCGAUACCCACCACCGAAAGGAUAACAGAGAAAAAAAGCCAAAAAAAUAAUUAA